AUUCAGCACGUUCAACUAGGCCCUUGCCAGAGCGUGCGAUCUGGUGGCGGAGACGACAUGUGCGCGUGCGCAGAGGUGUAACGCUGGGAAGGUACGCCGAGGCUUGGAGGUGGAGGUGCAGCGCUCAGGAGGUGAGGUUUGAGAACCAUGUGUGCUCAGUACUGCAUCUCCUUUGCUGAUGUUGAAAAAGCUCAUCUCAACAUUCAAGACUCUGUCCACCUCACACCAGUGCUAACAAGCUCCAUUUUGAAUCAAAUAGCAGGGCGCAAUCUCUUCUUCAAAUGUGAACUCUUCCAGAAAACUGGGUCUUUUAAGAUUCGAGGUGCCCUUAACGCCAUCAGAGGCUUAAUUCCUGAUACUUUAGAAGGGAGGCCCAAAGCCGUUGUUACUCACAGCAGUGGAAACCAUGGCCAGGCUCUCACCUAUGCUGCUAAACUGGAAGGAAUUCCUGCUUACAUUGUGGUGCCCCAAACAGCUCCCAAUUGCAAGAAACUGGCCAUCCAAGCCUACGGAGCAUCUAUAGUAUACAGUGAACCGAGUGAUGAGUCCAGAGAAAACGUCGCUCAACGAAUUAUGCAAGAAACAGAAGGCAUCUUGGUCCAUCCCAACCAGGAGCCUGCAGUGAUAGCGGGACAAGGGACAAUUGCCCUAGAAGUGCUGAACCAGGUUCCCUUGGUAGAUGCAUUGGUGGUACCAGUAGGAGGAGGAGGAAUGGUUGCUGGAAUAGCCAUUACAAUUAAGACCCUGAAACCUAGCGUGAAGGUGUACGCUGCUGAACCUUCCAAUGCAGAUGACUGCUACCAGUCUAAGCUGAAAGGAGAGCUGACCCCCAAUCUUCAUCCUCCAGAAACCAUAGCAGAUGGCGUCAAGUCCAGCAUUGGCUUAAAUACCUGGCCUAUUAUAAGGGACCUUGUGGACGAUGUCUUCACUGUCACGGAAGAUGAAAUCAAGUAUGCAACCCAGCUGGUGUGGGAAAGAAUGAAACUGCUCAUUGAGCCUACUGCUGGCGUCGGAUUGGCUGCAGUGCUAUCUCAGCAUUUCCAAACUGUCUCUCCAGAAGUAAAGAACAUCUGUAUUGUACUCAGUGGUGGAAAUGUAGACUUAACCUCCCUAAACUGGGUGAAGUAGGCUGAACGGCCGGCUCCUUAACAGACUGUUUCUGUUUAAAUUUAGUCUCUAGAUGAAAGUUUUGUUUCCCAUCUUCCUGUUUAACUAUUUCCAAAAUCCCAAUCAAAUAUGUAAUAGUAUAAAUCCUGUACUUAGCAGAGACACAGACAGCCUAGCCACAACCCAACAACUCCAACACUGGAGCCUUGGCUGUAGGAACCCAAAUGAGUGGCCAUUACUCCAUGUCUACUUCAGACACUGUUGAAGAGAUGUCACUUUUAACCCAA